UUCUUUCUCAAUAACAGGGCAAAAAGAUUGCGCAUUGCUCUCAUAUUAUUUACUCAUCUUCAUGCCUACUUCUCCCUACCCCAAGCAUAUACCUCGCUGGCUCGCUCUCUUUUUGUCUUUCUGCUGCCAUGUUUUGCAUAAUAAGCCUACCAUCAUGCUUUGAUGAUUUAUGGGGAUUCUUCCAUGUCACUUGUCUUGCCACAGAAACGACGAAUCUCAGUCUGGCUCCUAUCAUCUUCAUUCGGAAUCGUCAACCCCUUCCAUCUCCUCUCAACCAAGUUUACCAUCGGUUCCUUCCCUUGCUUCAACAUCUCACCGACAUGAUGAAAAGACCCCAGCCAUCCACCAUAAGUGCAUAGCCACCCUUAAAAACCACUCCUAUGUCUUCACCCUCGCUCUUGCCGGGAAGGUCCUAUACGAUGGCUCUUCAAACGGUGAGAUACGAGCAUGGAGGCUGGAUUCUUCCGAGCAUGGUGAUCGAACUGAUAACAUUGUGGUGGCUACUAGCAACAGUGCAGUUAAGUCUCUGGCGGUUUUAGGAGAUAAGCUAAUCAGUGCCCACCAAGAUAACAAAAUCCGUGUAUGGAAAAUUCAUAACCAUGAACAUCACAAGUAUAAAUGUUUAGCUACUCUCCCAACGUUGAACGAUCGUUUCCUGAGAUGCUUCUCGGAAAAGAAUUACGUGCAGGUCCGGCGUCACAAGAAAUGCACAUGGAUACAUCACGUUGAUACAGUAUCUGCUCUGGCAAUAUCAACAGAUUGUUCUCUCCUUUACUCUGCCUCGUGGGAUCGGACAUUCAAAAUCUGGCGGACAUCGGAUUUCAAGUGUUUGGAAUCAGUGCAAAACGCGCAUGAUGAUGCCAUUAAUGCCAUAGUAUUGUCUAGAGAUGGAUUUGUUCAUACAGGUUCAGCAGACAAGAGGAUUAAGGUAUGGAAGAAGCAUGCAAGUAAAAACAACCAUUCCCUGGUCUUAACACUGGAGAAACACAAAUCAGCUGUUAAUGCUUUGGCUCUUAGUAACGAUGGGACCGUACUUUAUUCCGGUGCAUGCGACAGAUCGAUUCUGGUUUGGGAAAGAGAAAGCGAGGGAGGCGACGGUGAGUGGCGGAUGGUGUUGUUGGGUGCACUUAGAGGUCACACCAAGGCAAUCUUGUGCUUGGCGGUUGUGACGGAUUUGAUAUGCAGCGGAUCAGCAGAUAAAACAAUGAGGAUUUGGAGGAGAGGAAUCGACAAAAGCUAUUGUUGCUUGGCAGUUUUGGAAGGGCACACAAGGCCAGUUAAAUGCUUGACAUGUAAUACAAAUACUGAAGAAGAAGAAGAAGAAGGUGCUUCUGAAACUAUUACUUAUAUGGUUUGCAGUGGGAGUUUGGACUAUGAUAUUAAGGUGUGGCAAGUUUCAGCUUCAGUUUUAUGAUAUUCAUCUUUCAGUUUCCCUUUUGUUUGUGAUGUACAUAAGCGUAUAUAAGAUUCAAUAGCUUUUAACAAAUUUAGAAAUUGAAUUGUAUAUAUAAGUAUCGAUAUUAAUUAUAUAUGACUGAAAUAUGUUGUGUUGGGAA